AUGCUAUCCCUUGCUAGGUCUCGCUACACACAUUUCGUUCGUCUCGGGCUCACAGCAACAAACAUCAUUGGAGUACUUUCCGGAGUCUCAUACAAGCACAGCACACCGGACCUGUAUCCGGGGAGUGCGCACUCUGCUGUGGGAUGGAUUACCACUGGCAUCGCCGCUGCGCAGAUUAGCCAUCUCCUCGUUGGUCCAAUGACCAAGCUCUUCAACAGGGUCGCGGGGCGAGACGAGAGUAAAACUGGUGGGUACACGUUGCCUCUGAUGCGAGAAAGCUACAACAGCCUGCAAGGUCACGAUGGUCCGUCGCGGCUGUCCCGACAAAGCUCCUUCGACGUGGAGGCCACCCAUGGCGGCAUGGAGGACCGCGACACAUCCUCUGAUUCGCGGUUGUACCGGGAAGAUCCGCACGAUUCGGGAUCCACAAGUGGAGACGGCGCCUUUUAUGGGGAGUCGGACUCGGACCGCGCCCUACACGACGAUGCGAGCGCGGCGACUUCGAAGAUAUUCUCCGAGCCGAUUUUGACACGAAUGCGGAGACUCAUACUCUUAACAUAUGAUGUGAUGGACAGGGCAAUAUUGAUCGUGGCAUUCGUUGCUUUCUGUACCGGUAUCGUCACCUUCUGGGGGCUCUUUAAAGGAAAUUCCAUUUUCAACGGCAUCGCCCAUUGGAUCAAAGGUGGCAUUUUCUUCUGGCUCGGCAUCUUCAAUCUCGGUCGCUGGUGCGGGUGCUUUGCCGAAAUCGGAUGGGCAUGGAAUAGUCGACCUGGUACCUCGAAGAGGCAGUUCUGGUUGUCUUUCGAGUUUGUGGAGAGCUCGUUGAUCUUUUUCUACGGUUCUACCAACAUAUUCCUGGAACAUCUGGCAGGUUGGGGCAAAGCGUGGACAGCGCGCGAUUUGGAGCACGUCGCUAUCACCGUUCUGUUCAUCGGUGGAGGCCUGUGCGGUAUGCUGGUCGAAUACGUCAGAGUCAAAGGCCCUGGUGAGAAAAAGGCAACGCAACAGAUGCAGACCAUACCUGCUUGGUCGAACGGGAUCGCCGAUGAGAACACUCAGCACAAGUCAAACGGUAUCUCAAUAAACCCGCUGCCGGCCCUGGUAAUAUUCCUUAUGGGGGCAUCUAUGGCGUCUCAUGAGCAAGCUUCAAUGGUCUCGACAAUGGUCCACAAGCAGUGGGGUAACCUCUUGGGCGCGGCUUCUGUCGCCCGUUUGCUUACCUACAUGAUAAUGUAUCUAAAGCCCCCGACCUCCUCUACGCCGUCGCGUCCGCCUACGGAGCUUCUUGCGUCAUUCUGUUUCAUUUCUGGUGGGAUUCUCUUCAUGGCAAGCGUACGAUCUGCCCACAGGUUUCUUCCCGUGAAGCUCAUCCGCUGA